AUGAAGAAGAUGGAUUUGAGGUCGAGCAGCAGGCGACGCAAGGAUUCCCGACAUCGAGACCCCACCUGCAUGGUUAUAGGUGACCCAGUGCUAGUUUCAUACGAUUCCGCUAGUCCAGAAACGAUGCGGAUGAUACCACGUCCCGGUAAUUUAGAUGCUCGAAAUGGACACGUUGCCGUGAGCGUUGCCGAUCGCCAUUCGCGCAGUAAAAGUGCACGACGACAAGGUAUGGUGGUGCUGUCACCCUCGUCGCCAGACUCUUCAGACGACUCAUUUCUGUCGUCGCAUCAUCGACGUCCGGUUGGCCCGUCCGCUCACGCACGACGUGAUCGUUCGGUUCCACCGCAGCUCAUCGAGGCCGAGUAUGAAUAUGCACCACACGAACGGCUACGUAGGGAACGAAUGCCGUAUGAAACAUAUCUGUACCCAGCGUCGCCCGGCAGUUUGACUAGGUAUCGUUUUGCUGGGUUCAAACGGUAUCUCAAGAGUAGUGCAUAUGAGGCACAAAAUAAACAAAGUUUAUUUUAAUU